AUGGGGUUUAGUUUUUCAGGCUUGUUUGGAAGGCCUAAUAAAGGGUCUUAUCAGCCAGAAAACAUUUCCAAUCCUCAUGGCAACUCACUUGAGGACGAGCGUGUUUUGUUGCUACAGAAUGACUCAAAGACACAAAGAUUCUAUGAUGGUUCCACACCAAGACUAGCAGAAAAAGAUUUGUUUUGGACGAGCGAGUCCAUAAAGGAAAUCAAGGCCAUCAUGGUAUUUGCUUGGCCUCUUCUAGCAACCUAUUUACUCGGAAUAGGCAUGCGUGUAGUGGAUGUUUGGUUCAUUGGGCGACUUGGCCCACAGCUUAUGGCUGCUGUUAGUCUGGGAAAUCUGUUCUGUACCGUUGGCGGCCUGGCCAUGGGAUCUGGAAUGCUAACAGCAAUCGAUACACUGGUGGCACAGGCCUUCACUGGCGCAAACCAUCCUCACACCCUUGGAAUCAUAUUACAGCGUGCCCUCUGUAUUCUUGCCUUAUUUACUAUACCCGUAGCAGUAAUAUGGAUUAAUGCUGAACACAUACUUGUAUACAUGGGUCAAGACCCAGAGUUAGCACGACUUGCUCAAUCGUACAUCAUUGUUUGCCUUCCAAACAUAUUUCCAAUCUUUGUCUCAACAUGUUUACGAAAAUUUCUCCAGGGAUUAGGCCAAAUGAGAGCUACAAUGUAUGUUAUCGCAUUGCUGUUCCCAUUGAAUUUGAUAUCCAACUAUAUAUUUUUGGAGUAUCUUCAACUCGGGCUGUACGGUGCAGCCUACCACAUUGUUUGGUUCCAUCUUUCUGUCAUGGUUUUGUACAUACUAUCUCUCUGGUUUAGAACAAGUUUUAGAGACUACUGGCCUGGGUGGUCUAAGCAAGCAUUUUCUACAUGGAACACAUUCUUAAAACUUGGUAUUCCUGGCAUGCUGAGUGUGUCAACCGAAUGGGCAUUUGAAGUAUGUGCCAUAAUAACUGGUGUUCUUGGACAGACAAGUUUGGCAGCUCAGUCCAUCGUAUUGUCUAUUAACUCCCUUUUGCUCAUGAUACCAUCUGCAUUGACUAGUGCUAUGAUCGUGCGUCUGGGGCACCAUCUGGGGGCAGAUCGUCCAGAUAAGACACGCCUUUGCGUUAUGGUAUCCGUCUGUAUGGGCUCCUCUAUUGUAACCUUGAAUGCCUUGAUGAUGUAUCUUUUCCGUUAUAAAAUUGCUCAUCAUUUUACAAAAGACCCUAUGGUAAUUGAAGCAGUAGUGGAUCUGAUGGGUGUUGCAAGCCUGAGUCACUUUGCAGCAGGAAACAGUACGAUUUUGUCUGGAACUCUUAACGCCUUUGGAAAACAGCACAUCGUAGCCUCCUUUAAUCUAAUCUCAUACUAUGCGAUUGGCCUGCCAUUCGGACUUUGCAUGACAUUCUAUUAUGAUUGGGGUCUGAUUGGCGUGUGGUCAAGCGUAGUCAUGGCCGGCGCAUUAAAGUCUUUCGGAGAAGCAUGUGUGAUUAUGUUUUUGGUUGACUGGAAAAUGGAAUGCCAAAUAGCUGGCCGUCGUAUCAGUUCUCAAGAAACUAUGGCUUUUCUUCCGGCUGUAGCUGAAAACAGCAAUGACAUUGUUGGAUAA